UCUCCUCCCGGCGGCGGCGGCGGCUGCGCGCUGCGGUUCUGCGCUCUCAUCAUGGCGGCGCGGAGCCAUGUGCAGGACCCCAACGACCGGCGCCUGCGGCCCAUCUACGAUUACCUUGAUAAUGGCAAUAAUAAAAUGGCAAUCCAGCAGGCAGACAAGCUACUGAAAAAACACAAAGAUCUUCACUGUGCUAAGGUUUUGAAAGCAAUUGGCCUGCAGAGAACCGGGAAACAAGAUGAAGCGUUCACUUUGGCUCAAGAAGUAGCAGCCCUGGAACCCACCGAUGAUAAUUCGUUACAAGCUCUCACUAUCCUUUACCGGGAAAUGCAUAGACCGGAGCUGGUCACAAAACUCUACGAGGCAGCUGUGAAGAAAGUCCCCAACAGCGAAGAGUAUCACUCUCAUCUCUUCAUGGCCUACGCAAGGGUUGGCGAAUACAAGAAGAUGCAGCAGGCUGGAAUGGCACUUUAUAAGAUUGUACCAAAAAACCCUUACUAUUUCUGGUCGGUGAUGAGCUUAAUUAUGCAGUCUAUAUCUGCAAAGGAUGAAAACCUCUCAAAAACCAUGUUUUUACCGCUAGCAGAAAGGAUGGUAGAAAAAAUGGUGAAGGAAGAUAAAAUUGAAGCUGAAGCUGAAGUUGAGCUGUAUUACAUGAUUCUGGAACGUCUGGAGAAAUAUCAGGAAGCCCUUGAUGUCGUGAGAGGAAAGCUAGGAGAGAAGCUGACCAGUGAGCUCCAGAGCAGAGAGAUCAAAUGCAUGGAGAUGUACAAGAAGCUGGGCAAGUGGCCAGAAUGCAGCGCUCUCUCAAGGAAGCUCCUGCUAAAAAACCCAGAUGACUGGCAGUUCUAUAUCAUUUACUUUGACUCCAUCUUCCAACUGAUCGAUGCAGGCUGGACGCCCCCAGCUGAAGGGGAGCACUCUCUGGAGGGCGAAGUGCAUCACAGCACAGAACAAGCCGUGACUUUCGUAGAGCAGAGGAUAUCGAGAGAAGCCAACAGUACCCGGCCGCUCCGGGGACCGUACCUUGCCCAGCUGGAGCUGAUCAGACGCUUGCGGCACAGAGGAUUCAGCGAGGAGCACAAAUUGGGCAGUCCAGAAGAGCUCAUGUUUGAGUAUUUCAAACGAUUUGGAGAUAAACCCUGCUGCUUUACUGAUCUCAGGGUGUUUGUAGACCUCCUCCCAUCAAGCCAGCAUACAAAGUUUAUCAACCAGUUGUUAGGCGUCAUCCCUCUGUCGGCACCAUCGGAAGGCAAACUCGCGCUGCCAGCUAGCAUCAAGGCUUUGCAACAGCAUCUGUGUGUUGUGCAGUUGACGAGAUUACUUGGCCUCUACCAUGCAAUGGACAAAGCCCAAAAACUGGGGGCCGUCCAGGAUCUGAUGCUGCGGUAUCGACACGGGCUGGAGUUUGGAAAAUCCUGUUUGAAAACAGAGUUGCAGUUCUCAGACUACUACUGCCUGCUUGCUGUUCAUCUGCUCCUUGACAUCUGGCUAGAGGCAGGUGAAGAGCUGGCUGCCUGGCAGUGCUUGACUUUGCUAGAAGAAGGGCUGACUCACAGUCCCUCAAACGCUCAGUUCAAAUUGCUGCUCGUCCGAAUCUACUGCAUGCUGGGGGCGUUUGAACCAGUUGUGGAGCUCUACUCCAGCCUUGACGCAAAGCACAUACAGCACGACACCAUCGGUUACUUGCUGACGCGAUACGCUGCAGCCCUCGGCAACUACAUUGCCGCAUCGCAGUCCUGCAACUUUGCCCUCAGGUUUUUUCACUCCAACCAGAAAGAUACCUCAGAAUACAUUAUUCAAGCUUACAAAUAUGGUGCAUUUGAGAAGAUACCAGAAUUCAUCGCUUUCAGGAACAGGCUGAAUUCCUCGCUUCACUUUGCACAAGUCCGCAUCGAGCGGAUGCUGCUGGACCUCUUACUCGAAGCCAAUAUAACGAUGAGUUUGGAAGAAAGUAUAAAGUCCAUGAGUCUGACUCCAGAAGAAGAUGACAUUCCCUGGAAUGACCUGCGGGAUAACAGAGACCUAACCGUCUUAUUCAACUGGGACCCAAAAGACAGGGGCAUUUCUGAAGAGCAUCGAAAACUCUCCCUGGAGGAGGAGACCAUCUGGUUGCAGAUCCGGUCUUUGACUUUAAGGCUAGUAAGCGGGCUGCCAGCUCUCGGCCACAAUGCUCACCCAAAGAACUCUGAGAAGACCACAGAGAAUGGCGUUUCCUCCAAGAUUGACACGAUACGGGGUCUCCUGCAACAGCUAGAUGCGGCUGUGAAUUCUGGGAAGCGGUUUCUGGAGCAGAAGAUUCGGUAUCCAGUCCUUGGCCCCCCUCCUUCCCGAAUGGCCGGCUUUUUCAGCAGUGGAAGCCACCAAUGUCAGACCACUUUGUUUUACCUUGUUAGUGAAAUCUAUGAACUUGAUACCAAUGGUUUAGAAGAUUCAACAGUAAUUCAAGAGAGAAUAGGGAACAGCUUUAAAUUGUUGCUUCAGCAGCUAACAGAUCUGUUCAAUAAAUGCAAAGGCAACUUAUUGGAAGUCACGGAGGGCAGCUUCACAAUCCAUCCAAACAUCUUAGAAAACCUUGUCUUCUUCCUUGAGACGAUCUCUAUUGUCCUAUGGGUGUGUAGUUACUCUGAUGCUGUCCUCCGGCCUUGCAGAUCAAACUUGCAGAAGAAGAAAAAGAAGAAAAAAGAAAGCAUCGCAUCCAUGCCCCCAGUGUUCUCCAGCUUCCAGGACUACGUUUCUGGGCUUCAGACGCUCACUUCCAAUGUGAUUGACCACAUCAAAGGGCUUGAAGUUACUCUAACUGCACUUAAACUUGAAGAGCUGUCCAUAGAAGACACUUUACUGUCACCGGAAGAAAAGAAGUUUACAAAGACUGCGCUAGUGAAGGUCCAGAACAGUUACCAGCAUUCAAUUCAAGAAAUUGGUGAACUGCUGAGAAAAAGACUUGAUAGUAUCAAAAACCUGAAGGUUUGAGGAAACGCCUUUCGGGCACUAGAUGUCGGUCGCCGUCAGGCAAGGAUUGACACCCGCUGCCAGACUUUGACGCUAAAAUCUGGAACUUCCUCAUAAAUGCAUGAAGGACUUUGAUCGUAAAAUAGGGUUUUUUUAUGUAUUAAAAAAAAAAGAUAUAUUCAAGCUGAUUUAAAUUAUUGUACAUAAAACCAGAAGCCGGAACCCUCCUCCGUCAGGGCUAGACCACUUUUUAUACAUGUUCCUAAGGCUGUUGUAACAGAAACAAAACCAAACCCCAAUCUGUUUCAUUUUCCUUGGUGUUGGGGGAGCCUUCUCCAGAAACUCUUUGGGGGCUUGAAGUCUUUAGAAGCAGCAAUAGAAAAAUCCAGUGUAAAGCAUAUUUCAAAGGAGUUUGUAUUUUUCCAUUGCAUAAUGCUGUAUUUAUAGUUUUGUGUGUGGGUUUUUUUUUUUUUUGCCUUAGAAAAAGCAGAAGUCCCUAGGGGCCUGUGUUUAGCUGCGGGACUCUUCGGGUGCUUCUUUCCACCGCAACAUCUACUUUGGUUACGGAGCUGUCUUGUGUGACUCUCGGUCUGCUCAUAGGGCCAGCUGCCCUUAACAACCACGGUUGGGCGAAAAUACUACCUACAUUAGUUUCAGCGUUUAAGACCACAGAGUCUCCUUUUCCACCCUGUUGGUGGAUGGGAGCAACGCUCGAAAAGGCUCUACGAAUAUACAGGCUGCGAAAGAGGAAGUGAGAAUUGCAAAAGGAAUUUUGUAAGCCUGUAUAAAAGCUUCACUUCCGAAGCUCCGGAUGAACAGAAAUCAAAGCGUCACAGGUCACACGUCUUGAGACCCAUCUCUGUCCUUGGUCGGUUUCAAAGAGUGUGAUGAAGACGACAGGGUGCGAAACUUGAAUAGUGCUUCCUUGUAAUUCUUUAAUCUGAACUAGAUCCUGACCGGUUUUGGGGGAAAAUGCACACAAGAUAAAAACUUCAGAGAACUGUGGGGAACGCAAGUAAACGACUCGUUCCUCUCCUGAAGGGUGCGGAGGGGGGGGCAAUGCUGCGUCUCUUCUUAGGUGCUCCACAUUUGGGGGUUUAAAGAACUUUCCGAUGAAAACUGUCCUGUCAACUUCUAGCCCGGGAUGUUAAUCUUCAUUUAUUUUUGCAGCCAAUCUAAUUAUUCCGGUGUUGGCGUGAGGGUGGGGCAUGUUUUGUAGCAUCUGGUAUCGCUAAUCUUGAUGGGGUUUUUCUUCUUUUCCAGCAGGUAGAACUUUUAAGAAAUAAUACCAGGUACUCCAUUCCCCACCUCCAAAUCUCCUUUUGGGCUACCAGGAUUUGGGGGCAAGAACUUCCAAGCUUUUGAAGGCUUCUGGUUGCUGGGGGGGAGGGAAGCUUGUGACCUGCAGCUUUAAGAGUACUAGCUGUGCUGGUGAAGUCACUUGACUCUUGCUAGAAACCACUUGUUUCUGAACCCGCUCGACCUGACCUGCAUAGGACUCCAGAGUCUUUGUUCGUUGGGAUUAAGGCGGUUGCGAAGUACAACCGUGACAGCUCUGUAUGCUUUUGCUUUUUAUCAGCAGGGAGUCUUAAGGCUGCAAUCUUCAUUCUUCCAAAUGCCCCUUUCAGGAAAUAUCGAGAUGACCCUUAUUUAGCCACUUAAGACGUGCUACUUCGGUUUGCUCUUUCUCCAAAGCGUCCAUAGAUGAUGGGGCCCAUAGAUGUUUUGCAGGUAGCUUCCUUCUUUUGUGGGUGUCUUGUCUGUCUGUUGUCUGUCUGUCCCAGGGGAGAAGCAGCUGCUAUUCCCAGGGCUGCAUGCUCAGAUGCUGAGAAGGAACCUAGGAAAAAAAUCACGUGGCUCCGUCCGAAAUAGUUUUGAUAAAAUUCCUUCCCUGGAUGGAUGUGCCUCAGAACUGAAAUUGACACACCCGUCAGUUCAUCCAGCAACACCAACGUGGCUCUUAAAGACCCUGCACUCAAGAUCGGUUUUGAUUUAAAAUGCACCAUUCUGAAGGUGUUCUCUUCAGACUUUUGCACUGGCUGUGAGCAAUGAAAUCCCAAAAUGUGGAAUGUUCUACAAAACAGCUGUAGGAACGGAAUGUUCUUCUGGUCUUCCUACAGCUGUACCUUCAGGGGAAGUCCCAUAAAAAAUGUUUAACCCAGAGUAGGAUCUGUUACGGCGGUGGCUCUGAACGGCAGCCCUCUGUAGACAUUUUAUUUUCAUUAACCAUAUGCAGUUUAUUGAUUCAUUUUGGGGUCAUUUGAUGUUGCCAAUUGGAGGUUCUUUGGUUUUUUUCCCCUUCGUUUGUUUGCGUACCUAUUGAAAUUUGAAUAAAUUAGGUAUGAAGAUGUCCAUCAGCCUUUCGAGAAACUCCCAAACGAACGUAAGUGAGCUCAUUCGCUGAUUCUUACGACUGCGAAAAAGACUGUUGAGGGAGAAACCUGUAGCUAAAGCAAUUCCCGUUGUCACAACCAUCCACAAUGGUAUUUUCAUGGUCAUGAAUUGCUUCCAGAAGCUGUCCUCUGGAGCUCGGCGAUUAAUUAGCUCUUCUGCUUCUUCUUGCUCGUCUUUAGCCGGGGCUCCUUUAUAUUCCUCCGCUGUUGUGGUGUGGACUGUUCUCAAGUAUACCUCCCUUAGAGUUCUUUCUUAGUACAGUUCUCGGUUUUGGUGAUUCUCGCCGUACCCACAUCUUUGAUACCGUGGAGAUUCGUCGACUGCCAUAGAUCUGCUUUGAUGUUGUUCUUUGGUUUCCCCCCUUCAUUUGCUCACAUACAUAUUGAAAUUAGAAUGUGAAGAUGUCCAUCAGCCUUUCAAGAAACUCCCAAACAGUCAUCACCGAGCUCGUUGGCCGAUUCUGUCGAUUGCGGAAAAGACUGUCGUGGUGUGGAGUGUUCUCAAGGAUACCCCUCUUAGAGUUCUCGGUACAAUCCUCAUUUUUGGCGAUCCUCACUGUACCCACAUCUUUGAUACUGUGGAGAUUCGCCGACUGCCGUAGUUCUGCUUCCAGCGCUGCGUCUGCGCUUCCGGAAGCACCCUCUGCAGACGUCUCGAUCAAAAAAGCCUAUUUUUGCUGGCAUUGCCAGAUGUUCCUCAGGGAUGGAGCCCGCUUGGAGCAGUGUGAUGUCGUCUGUGCCCGCUUGGAAGGAAACUUUGGUUCAUACUCUUCAGCAGAGAUCACUAGGAGGUCAGUGGGGAGUUGUGGCAGUAUCGGCUGUUCAUGCUGGCAACGUCUUUUCCCACUGAAAUGUUGUGGGACGUAUGCAUGGUGGCUCAUAAGCUCUUAAGUGUCUUUCAGGUAGCGGCUCCCCUCCAAACCAGGCCUGAGACCAAUUUGUGAGGAAAUCCAGCACCCCCCCUACCUUAUUUUUGCUCCUUUUAAUUUAGAAAUGUAGGGCUCUCAGAAUGCCAAACACUGGAGCUGCCUUCUGUAAUUUUAUGCAUUGAAACUGAAUUCUGAAAUGGCCUUUGCAAGACUUUUCAAUACCCAAUCAGGAGAAAAGGAUGCUGUCUUCCUGAACAGGCUAGGUAUGUGUACAUGCACACACUCUGUCUCAAAGUAUGUAAGAUGGGCAACAUCUGAUUCCAGCUGCCCACUACAGAGAGUGAUUUUCUGCAAUCAAAGAAUUUUGAUCUUGGUGACCUGUGAAAAGGAGUUCGAUUCUUUCCUUUGACAACACACAUACCCCCUCUGGAUUUCAUUUAGUGCUGCUGUAUCCCUUUUAUUUGUGAGUUAACCGAUAGAAGUGAGCUACCAAAACUACUGUUUACAGAUUGAGAGAAGUUAAUUUUAUAUAGUGCUGGGAUCGUGAGGCAGGAUCCCCUUGCAGCUGUCUUUUGCAACCAAAUUCUCUGAUUUAAGCCUGUUUUGUUGGGUGUUUCUUCAUGGGGAUGAAGGUGAGGGGAGUUUUAACCCAACCGCCUUCCCUUGCGUGAAGUAAACUUACCAUCACCUUAGCUGUGUUGCCCAAUGGAGGGGUGGGGCUUUUGUAUCUCCUUAGUAAUUUUUAACUUUAAAUUUUGCAUUUAUAUUUUGCAAUCUUUAUGUUUAAUCAUGAUUUUUGGAGGGGGGAGGGGGGGGUCUCUUUUAACCUAUAUAAAGAAGGGGAUUUUUCUGUUCUCUGCAGAAACCACCUUUGAACUUUUUCACUUCCUUGAUGGCGCUCUGUAAUUUAUGACUGUGGACGAUUGUGUUAACACUUUGCCUCCGACAUAAUUAAGUGACGAAACUGCUAGCGAUCUGCUUUAAACUGGAUGGGUUUAUAAUUUAUAUUAAAAAGUCAGUUUCUUUAUAA